UUGUACUUUUGACGUGGAAGUAUAUCCACCAUUUUGUUGACACUGGAACAGUUUACGUAGUUUUACACCGGUUACUAAAAUUAUCUAUUGUUAGUAGCUAAAAUGGUGCUGCUUGCAGCGGCUGUUUGUAAUCGAUCUGGAAAGGUCAUCAUCUCAAGACAGUUUGUUGAGAUGACCAGAUCACGUAUUGAAGGUCUUUUGGCCGCCUUUCCUAAACUGAUGGGCACAGGGAAACAGCACACUUUUGUUGAAACAGAAAGUGUCCGCUAUGUGUACCAGCCUCUAGAGAAGCUUUAUGUUCUACUCAUCACCACUAAAGCUUCAAAUAUUUUGGAAGAUCUGGAAACACUCAGACUCUUUGCUAAAGUUUUGCCAGAGUACUGCCGUAACAUGGAGGAAACAGACAUUGUUGAUCAAGCCUUUUCUCUCAUAUUUGCAUUUGAUGAAAUUGUUGCCCUGGGUUACCGAGAGAACGUCAAUCUUGCCCAGAUCAGAACAUUCACAGAGAUGGAUUCUCAUGAAGAAAAAGUCUUCCAAGCUGUUCGACAGACUCAAGAAAAAGAGGCAAAGGACCAGAUGAAGAAAAAGGCUAAAGAGAUCCAACAGAGAAACAGGGAGAUGCAGAAAUCUGGUCGUAAUCCAGGGUUCACCAGUGGGGGUGGUUUUGGCAGUGGCACUUACAAGAAUGAGACAGUACCAGUCAUUGACUCUGGCUCCAAUGUUGACAGUACUAAACCUGCCUACAGUAAACCCAGUAGCAAACCUUCCACCGGUCCAAGUCGUGCUCUUAAACUUGGCUCCAAAAAGAAAGAUGUGGACACAUUUGUGGGUCAGUUACAGUCUGAAGGUGAAAGAGUAACAGAUUCGUCCAAGCCUUUAAAUGCACCUAUAACUAAGACCAUCAUGCCAACUGCUAAUCAAGAAAGUGUACACCUCGUUGUGGAAGAAAAAAUCUCGCUGACAGCUGGUCGUGAUGGUGGCUUACAAAAUAUGGAGAUUCAUGGUAUGUUGAAACUCAAGAUCAACGAUGAGAAGUCAAGCAAGGUCAAAGUAAUGAUUACACAUAAUGACAACAAAGGUAUUCAGUUGCAGACCCAUCCAAAUAUAGAUAAGAAGCUGUUUACCCAGUCCUCUGUCAUCAGUUUAAAGAACCCAGAGAAACCCUUCCCUGUUGGACAGGACAUUGGAGUUCUCAAAUGGCGGUUCCAGACACAAGAUGAAAAUAACAUGCCACUGUCCAUAAAUUGCUGGCCCAAUGAGAAUGGAGAGGUUAACAUUGAAUAUGAGCUAGAACAAGAUAAUAUGGAACUAGAAGAUGUACAAAUUAACAUUCCUUGCCCGAGUGGUGCAGGGGCCCCUGUCGUCAAUGAAUGUGAUGGUGACCAUCAGUAUGACAGCCACAAGAAGACACUGUAUUGGAGGCUUCCAUUCAUUGAUGCCUCCAAUAAGACUGGGAGCAUGGAGUUCACAAUCAAAGGACACCCUGAAGAUUUCUUCCCCAUCAGCGUCAGUUUUGUUUCCAAACGCUCCUAUUGUGAUAUCAUCGUGAAUGAAGUGCAGCAGAUAGAUAGCGGAGCUCCAGAAAAAUUCUCAUCAGAAAUAGUCUUCUUUGUUGAAAAAUAUGAGAUUGUUUGACCUAUUCAAUGCUAUGGAUUUUUUAAACCUAUAAACUGAGUGUGUGUUGCUAUGGAUGCUGUGAAUGAUGGGAAGGAUUAGUAUGAAUGUCUAGUCUGGUUAUAUUUUUUCUUCUGUAUUUCUUUUGUUUUCCUUGAGAAAUAAUGUUAGACUGAGGUGGAAUUUUCUUUUCACUGUAAAAAGUUUUCACUACAUUGAUUACUUAAGUAAUAUGAACUGCCAUUAAAAUGAUACUUUGCUAUCAUUUUUACUAUUCAUCACCAUGUAGGUGUAUAAUAAUUUAUGAAACUGAACUGUCAUUGAGUAGGCGUAUAGUAAUGUAUUAAGUAGACAAAUAACAUCAAGUUCACUAAGUAUUAAGAGCUCAUGUUAAAAAACUAUUGCAAUAUCAAUAGAAAAGAAAUAUUUAAAAAUAAAACUUAGUCAUCACUGUUGAUUUAUUUUAUUAUUUUGUUUAUAAUUUUUAAAUACAAUUUCAAAUGCUGUUAUUUAUUUAUUUUAAACUAGAAAGUACAUUAAAUAUAAAAUAUUGAGUAUUUAUUUGUGUAGAUAAACUUCAACUCUUACUGCAGCCAUACCUUGUGUGCUGUUUAGGACUGAAUGAACUAUGAAGUGUUGUCUGUUGUCCUUUGUAUUGUACAUUGAAUGGACCAUCAAUUUUACGUUAAAUGUACCAAAUCUAAGAAUUUUUUUUUUUCAAUUUUUUUUAUCGAUGACUUGAAUCUAAUCAAUUUUUUAUUUUACUUGGUUUAUGUCACAAUUUGUUGUCUACAAUUAAUUUUGUAUGUCUGAAUUGAUGCUUCAACUGUUGAGGUGUUUUUCAUUAUUGAAUGUUUAAUUGGAAAAAUGCUACAUCUAAGCUGUUUUAAAGCUCG